GGGUCAUAAAAGGAUGAUGGCUAGCGUGUCUCGUAAGACUGAGACACAAAGUUGACAUAUUGUAGAAAAGUCGUAUCAACUACGUAUUCGUUUUCGCUCUAAUAUACUUUUAUGAUCUUCGUUAGACUCACUAAUGGCUGGAGAGUUGCGUGAAGAGAGGUUUACGGUUCUAGUUCAACCAAGACCACUUUUGCAUUUGCAUAUACCAGAAAACUCCACAAUGAUCUAUCGUGAUAUUGAAGUUCAUCAACGAUGGAAGAAAGAAAACUUACAAAAUCCUGUGACACUGUGGCAAGGUUGAAUGAAAAUGAACAUAAACUGCUUGAAAACCGGAAUCAUUGUGUUAAACCAUUACCUAUUAUAUUUAACGAAGAAAAUGGUGAAGAUUUAACAAACGAUCACGAUUAUGUUGAUGAUUCAACAGGGAUUAAUCAUUGCAAUAACUCCUCAAAAGCAUUAUUAUGUUUAAAGGACUCAGAAAAUUCUCAAGAAAAGGAUGUACCAUGUUUGGUGAAAAAAGUUAAUCAACCACCUUCACCUACUACUCUACAAUGGGGUAGGGCUAUAGCUGAAGUAAAGGAACAUGCAGUAGCAAAAUUACAAGAUGAACUUAAAAGAGCACACGAAGAGUUAAAAUUGAAAGAUGAAGAAGUUACAAGGCUUUCAAGAAUUAAACAAGAUGUUGAAGCUGAAUUAGAGGAACUCACUGCCAGUCUCUUUCAAGAGGCACAUAAUAUGGUUAGAGAAGCAAAUGUACGUCAGGCUACAGCAGAGCGCUUAUUAGAGGAAAGUCGUAUGAAAGCCGAGGUUUUAGCUGCCGAAGUAGCAGCAUUGAAAACGUUAGUUUUAACUUCAACACCGGCGAAACCAAAUUUUCAUUUACAUCCGCAAAUCGAUACGAAAAGUCGUUCAAAUAGCGAAGAUGGUCAACAGGGUCUUUUUACGCGAAAACACAGAAGAUCACCAUCGCAUUUCAACUUAAAAUACGGUCGAGAGAACUCUCCACCGGAUUCCCCGCUAAAAGAACAAAGACCGUCUUUACCAUCCGAUCGAGAGACUCUAGAGAGAGAUUGGAAAAAAGAUUCGGACAAAGAAAAGGACAAAGAGUGUAAAGAUUUUGGCCUCGAAGUUGAUCCUAGAAUACAUACAGAAUUUCUUAAAUGGAAAGCUAAUCCAUGUGUAGAUAAAGGUGAUCCUUUUGUUGAUAGAGUAUUUAAAGAAGACAUCGAUCUUUGCCUUGAUUUCCCUAAUAAAGAAUUAGGAACAAAAGUUAGGCAAGCUGUUCUCGAUGGUAUCAUCUUUAUCGAAGCGAUAAGCGACAAGACUAAAUUUACAUUUCCAAAAAAGUGUGUGUUACUGGAAGCACCGCGUCAAUGUUACUAUCGAAUGAGGCUCGGGGAUCAAGAAAAUCAGUGGUACAGCAUAUCACAAAUUUGUCGAAAUCGAAUAAUAGCAGUCUGCGAUUUUUUGAAUUACCUACGUUAUAUCGAACGUGGCCUUGUUAAAAGUUCAGUUCACGAUGUUUAUUGGGAAAUUACACGAUUACGGAAGGAAAUGGCGUUUGCUCGUUUGGGUCUAGCACUAUCGUCUUAACGCUCUGUGUGGAGGAUUUCUUCUAGUCUUUAAAUAUAACAAAUUAGGCCAUGGAUCUGUUACAUUAUUCAUUUACAUCUAUCAACUAUAGAUUGUUAACAAUUUUAAUCGUUCCAGCUAGCCUCGAUCAUUUUUACUAUCUACGAUCGAGAUUCUAUAGUGUAAGUGUUAAAAUUUUAACGUAUAAAAGUUCUUAGAAUCCUCUAUUAUAACGUGAAACGCUUGAAGCUUAUUUAAAAAAAGAAAAAAGUUAUUUUGAGCCAUUUUAUAAUUUUUAAUCGAGAUUAUAAUUUCUAAAAUAUUGAAUCCUAUUUUUAUUGUUAAACGAUGAAGACUUUUAAUGAUCUGACGUUUAUUAUAUAAGGUAUAAUUUACUAUUAUAAACGAAUUCAAAAACGUCUCGAUCAGUUGUAAAGUGCAAUGAAGUAUCUUUAAGAUAUUGGAAAACAUGGUGCCUUUUGACUUUCCGCUUAUUAAUAACACGUAACUAGAUUUAAGUUUUAUAUUUAGCGAUGAUUUAAUCAUACCCACGCAGUUAAAAUUAUUUCGGGACUUCUAUAGCAUAUGCAUAGUUAAAAUCUCUAUUACUUUUUAAACUGUAUAAUGGCAGAAAGUAAUAUAAGUAGUUGCAUUCCCUUGUUUGAG